CUGGUGCGUACAAUCCUUUACAUACAGCUAGCAAAAUCUGAACACCGUCGAAGAAUGAUGAGAAAUUUGAGGAUUUUCCAAAGGGUUUCUAGUAAAUUUUCAGUAAUUUGUUUACCAAACCGGUUAUUAUUCUUCCAUGCCAACAAAUUAUCCCCUUUACAAAGACAGGCGGACUCUUUGACCAAAUGCUAUUUCCACUGCAGUACUAAUUUACGCAACGAUUCCAGAGUACCAAUUUCUAAGUCUACGGAAAAUGUAGAGCAACCAAAGCCUGCAUAUCAUAUCACUUUUACGUGCACUGUUUGUAAUCAUCGUUCUGGUCAUAAAAUGUCGAAGCAGGCAUAUCACAAUGGCACAGUUUUUGUUCAAUGCCCCCAUUGCAAAAAUCGACAUCUCAUGGCAGACCAUCUCAAAAUUUUCAGUGAUAAACGAAUCACGAUUGAGGAUAUCCUUUCAAAUAAAGGCGAGAUUUUGAGAAAAGGAUUUGGCCAAAUAGUUGACGGAAACGUUGUUGAAAUUGAACCUGAUAAUUUGAGAAUCAAAGCAGAUUUCAAGGCCCCUUCUUCUGAUAAAUCUGCUUCUACUAAAAACAACUAAUUAGCUCUGAACUGAUAUCUAGUGUCUUUUUUGGAGUACUUGUGAAUUGACGAAACAUGUACUUUCGAAUCUGCUUUUUGGAACAUAUUAUUCACUACAAGGUUAUUCAAGUACAAAAAGAUAAUUAGGGAAUGAAUAAUAUAAUUGUUAUUUGAAAUUAUUUAGAAUACUGGAGCUCCAUUUUUAAUUGCUUUUUAUUUUUUUAAUUUUUUUAGUAUAAACGACUCUUACUAUUAAAUGUUUACAUGC